AUGGAGAAAGAAAUCAAAUAUGGCGUUCCAUCUUCCGAACUUGACACAGUUCCAAUGCAGGAAAUUGUGAAAGAAAAAAACUGCAAAAAUGUUAACAAAAGAAAAAAAUCGUUCCGUGAUGAUGUCCUGACCAGUAAAACUGUACAAUCACAGAUCGUACGAAGUGUAUGUGUUUCCGCUGCCUAUAUGAUAACGGGCUGGACGAAGGGUCUGAUAGGGCCAGCCUUUCCUGAUAUCAUGAUGAUUUCCGGAGCAGAUCUAGAAAAUGGAUCUCUAUUCAUGACUGCACUCUACACAGGCCUUUUGCUUGGUUCUGUCGGAGGUGGUGUGAUUUACUCCAAAAUAGAUAAAUAUCUUUUAUUUACUGUUUCGUUAGUAUUAUACAGCGUAAUGGUAGCACUCAUUCCGUGGUGUUCAUCGUACCAACUUAUGGUAGUUGCUCAUGCGUUUCUUGGUGUUUGUGGCGGGCUUACUAGUGUAGGGGUUGGUUUCGAAUCUAUAGCUAUUUGGGGGCCAACACCACGAGGACGUUCCUAUCUGUUAGUUAACAGUGCUGCUUACGCUAUCUCCAGCGUCAUAUCACCAUUAGCCACGGCUCCUUUUCUACUAAAGCACUCUGUUAGUAUUAAUUCGAACAACUCGUCGUGGAAUUCAACAUCCUCUGUUCAAAGUUUCUACACAACAAUUAACAACACUAAUCAGUCUUAUAUAAUUGAUAUGGAACUAUUCAACAACAACAUCACGACACCAAGUAAAAGUUCAAAACUCUAUAUCGCUUAUACAAUAUCCGCGGUUUUAGGUUUGACAAUAGCCCUGCUGUUCUUCAUCUUGUUUUGUCAACAAGGAUCCGUUACCAUACAGAAAUCAUCAAGUGAUCAACUGAAAUUUAUUGGGAAAUAUUCGUUACAUCUUAAGCGUUUACAAUUAUUUAACAUCAGUGUAUUUAGUGUAAUCCAAAAUGCCGUUGAUUUCACAUUUACUGGCUAUCUGGCAACUUUCUGUAUCAACUAUCUUGGGUGGACAAAGACGAUAGCAGCUACAAUAACCUCUGUUGCUUUCUUCACUAGACUUUUGGGAACAACUAGCGGAAUAUUUUUACUUCGAUAUUUCCGGACUCAUCAACUUCUUCUGUCUGCAACUGUAGCAUCCACUGUAGGUUUCAUCGGCUUUACCAUAUGUGCUCAUGUCCAUUUUGAUGUUGGGAUAUGGAUAUCUCUAUGUGUGAUCGGGAUUCCGUACGGUCUUCUGUGGCCAAACAUGCUGAGUUGGAUAAAUGAGUACCUCAUUCCAAUGCGAAGUGAAAUGGCGGGAUUGAUGAAUUUUACUGCCGGUCUCGGGGCUUUAUUGGCACCUCUACUGCUCGGCUAUCUCAUGGAACACGUUUCUCUACUCUGGUUCUGUUACUUGUUUUGUUCCAAGUCCCUCAUUCUUACCGGAAAUUCGGUCUUGAUGUUUGUAUAUACGAUGCCUAAAGACACUAAAUAA